AUGGAGGAGAUCAUGCGUGAGGUUGAAGAGGAGACAGGGGAGAAGAUAUAUCGGCUGGAGGUCUGGAAGAAUAAGCUCAACUACGAACUGCUGCAGCGCGUGGACAAGGGCCGCUGCGGAGGGCUUCCUUUUUACUACAAUUUGAAUUCGGGUUUUUUUAUUUGUGGAGCUUCUUCGAAAAAGAAUCUUCUGAAAUGGGCUCUAGGGUUUCCCUGCAGCCCUUUAGAGCCUCCGCCUCCUUCCCAGGAAGAAGUGGAAGCAGCAAAAAGAAGGACCUUCAGCCUCAAUGGCCUCUUCGGGUGUCUGUGGAAGAGAACCGCAGCAGCAGCAACUACAGCAGCAGCAACUACAGCAGCAGCAACUACAGCAGCAGCAACAGCAGCAGCAGCAACUGCAGCAGCAGCAACUGCAGCAGCAGCACCGGCAAUAGCAGCUGCAGCUACUGGAGCAGGAGCAGCAGCAGCAGUUUCAACAACAGCAGCAACUGUGGGAGCGUCGGCAGCAGCAGCAGCAGUGACAGCGGCGGCAGCAACAGCAGCAGCAGCAACAGCAGCAGCAACAGCAGCAGCAACAGCAGCGGCAACAGCAGCAGCAGUAGAUGAGAAAAGGAGAGACUGA